AUGGACGGCCUCUUGACGCCCAUCAGCACCUCUCGCCUGAGUGCGAACAAGAACGAACCUCUGCUACAGGAAGUCGUUCUCAAAAAGGACACAGCAAAGCCGAACCAGUCUUCUGCUCAGAGACCCGUGAACUCGCCCGAAGAAGCUCUCGAAGUUCUACGACAUGAACCUGACUACGAUCAGCUAGUCGCUACUUUGCGAUUUCUCGACCAUGAGGAAGCUGGGUCCGCAUUUAGCAUCAAAGAGCCAAAUCCCAUGGCCGCAAAGCUGGUUCAGGUGCUGGUGUCAGAAAUCGUUCCGAACUAUUGGACGUUGCUAAACGAAGAAUCCCGUGAAACCAAGUCCUCGGCCUUAGGGCUUCUGCUAUCUUGUCUUCGCAGUCUUACGGGAGUCAAUGCCAUUAUUGUGCGUCUGAAGGCAUUGCUACAAGAGACGAAAGCGGGUGAUGGCAAGCCCAAGCGACCUGACAUCGCCAUCAACUUGACAGUCCUUCUCAAUCUGGCAUGUCUGUUACUUAAAGGCGAUGAUACCAUACGCGGCAUUUGGAACGCGGCUACAAAAACGCUGAAAGGGAACGUCAAGACCCGAAUGCUCUUGCAAGAGAUUCUUUCGACCUUUGGCAGUGGUCGGAUCCUUUCACUGACUGCAGAGGCACUGGAACAUGCGAAGGGUCAUAAAGCAGAAGUUGACACCAGCAACAUCUGGAUAGCGAAUGGACCGGAAUAUACCAAGUGGUUGAGCGCAAACAUUGUCAAGUGGCAACUAACCUCGCCGACACCGGAUGAGACGAAGCUUUGUUCGGAGUUGUUUUUGAAGGCUCUACGAUUGGGGCACUCUGAUAUGGCCAUGAAAUGUAUCCUUACGAGGUUGCUACUUACCCAAGGGGUCGACAAUGAGCGCUUUGGGCUCCUAGUGGGAAAUCUUCCUCGAAGCGAGCAGCGUAAAGUUCUUUUCUCGGUCUUGAAAACGUUCGCCGAGGACUAUCUUGAUAGGCUAGGCACAUGUGAUACUGAAGGUGGCCCCAAAAUGGUAUCCGCGGUAGCUGGUGCAAUCAACUCUAUCACGAAGAACGAUCCGGAUAGAAUGACAUAUCUCGUCGAGUGGCUCACAGUGCACGCGCAGGUGUUGCUCCUGAGCGCUGGAUAUGUCCACAAAAUUUCGCCCUUGAAACUCACACUGCUGAUGAGGUCAAGCCCUUGGCUAAACGCCAUCUCCAACAGGCUAUCGUCAUCGAACCAGAGAGCUCGUUUCCUGGGCAUGGUCGUUGGCGAAGGGCUUUCCAGUCUCGUUGACAAGGGUGAUAAACGGCUGAACUUCCAGCUUGAAGAAACGGAGCUGCCGGAAGGAAAGUGGUACAAAAGUCUUGUUGAGAUACAGGACACUCUUGGCUCAUGGGAUUUGCUACUUAAGCCUCAAGAGCCUACUCAAAAGAAGACGAGCCUCAAGAAACUUUCCCACAAGCCAGCACCAUCACAGCUUCGGACCCAGGGGUUCAUCAUCGAGGAACUAAGCGAUGAAGACCUAAGCGAGCAGGAUGAUAUUGUUGGGUACGGAAAGCCCGAGUCAGAUGUUGAAGACUCGGAUGACGAUCCAGAGUUGGUCAAGAGAGACAAGGCCAAAGCACCAGUUUAUGUCAGGGAUCUCAUCAGAUAUCUCCGCGACACCGACGAUUAUGAUCGCCAGAAGCUUGCACUCCUCACUGCCCCAACGCUCAUUCGACGAAAGGCGAAUUACGGCACAGAGGUUACUGACCACGCAGAGGAGCUGGCAUCCUUACUAGUCGGUCUCCAGGACAAGUUUGAGAUGGACAACUUUGACGACUUGCGGCUGCAGGCAAUGAUCGCCAUCGUCGUUGCACAACCUCAACUCAUGGCCCAGUGGUUCGCAAAGACCUUCUUUGACGGGGACUACUCGGUGUCUCAGCGUUCUUCCAUCCUCGCCGUCUUGGGUCUCAGUGCUCGCGAACUUGCCGGGUUCGAGACGUCCGAAUACGCAGCAGCAGCCUCUUUCCCAUCCAAAAGCCUCCCGGAGAAGGUAGAGAGGCUAUUCCUCAGCCAAAGCCCUUCAAACGCAUACCAAAGCCCCUCCUCCUCAUCAUUGAAGCCCCUGCCUCGCAACGCGCUCGAAAGCGUAGCAACGUCAAUCACGUCAAACUUCCUUGCACCCCUCUCAGCAGCCGCCGCCGACUCCGCCACCGGGCCGGAUGUCCUCAAGCUCUCCACCUUCAAGUCCCGUCUUUCCGGUGGUGAUGAUGGCACCAACAACGCCGCAGCUCAGGAAGAACAACACAUCAGCAAUCCCAAAAUCAAGAUCAAGUCCCGCACCAAACCGCGCAUCCGCGCCAUCCCCAACACCACCGCCCACCUCAUCAGCACCUCCUUCUUCAACCCGCUCACGGCCCGCUUCCAAGCAGCUCUGCAUUCUUCCGUGUCCCGAAUCCGCGGGAUCAUGUUCCAGCCCUACUUGCUGGCACUCUACCUCAAGACCCUCGCCCUCCUACUCCACGCCGCAGGCCCCAGCACGCUUGCGCUCCCGCAGAUGACGGGCGACCUGUGGCGUUUGCUUCUAAGCACGAGCGUGCGCGCACAGGCUGUGGGCGACGUCGGUGUCACGCAGGCGGUUUUAUUUGGGCUUUUGACGCUGCUGGAUGUGAAUGAGGACCGGAUGAGGGAUGUGUGUCAGGAGCUGGGCAAGGAGGUGGUGGAGACGGAGGGGUGGGUGGCGGGGGUGUUUGAAGGUUUGAGAGGCGGUGAUGAGGGCGGGGAGGAGGAGAGGACGAAGAUGAUGGCUGCGGGAGUGCUGGUGAGGUUGAGGGAAGGGGUGGAGAAGUAUAGGUUGAUGAUGGUUGGGGAUCUGAUUGGGUUGUGA